UCUAUGUAAAUUUGUUAAGCGCACAGCAGAGAACAAAGUUAAUAUUAUUCAAGACAUGGCGCAAGUGCUGCAGGAUUAUAGCAAUCAAGAGAAACCGCAAUGUAGCAGCAAAAUGGCCGGAGCGACACUCUUUGAACGGGCUCAGGCGCUGUCGAGCGUUAACCGCGAGGAGGGCAUAUCCCUAUUGAAUAAAAUCGUGCGCGAACAGGAGGUGGCCGAGAACGAUGAGGAGUUGAUACGCAUCAAGGAGCAGGGCAUAUUGCAGCUUGGUGAGCUCUACAAACAGGAGGGCAAGGCUAAAGAGCUGGCCGAUCUAAUUAAGGUGACGCGGCCGUUCUUGAGUUUGAUCAGCAAGGCAAAGGCCGCCAAGCUGGUGCGUUCGCUAGUUGACAUGUUUCUUGACAUGGAGGCGGGCACAGGCAUUGAGGUGCAACUAUGCAAAGACUGCAUUGAGUGGUCCAAACAAGAAAAGCGCACAUUUUUGCGUCAAUCUUUGGAGGCUCGUUUAAUCGCUCUUUAUUUUGACACUGCUUUGUACACGGAGGCGCUAGCGCUAGGCUCACAGCUGUUGCGCGAACUUAAGAAGCUGGAUGAUAAAAACUUGCUGGUUGAGGUGCAGCUGCUAGAGAGCAAAACCUAUCAUGCACUGAGCAAUUUACCCAAGGCACGCGCUGCUCUUACCUCAGCACGCACCACAGCCAAUGCCAUCUAUUGUCCACCUAAAGUGCAAGGCGCUCUCGAUCUGCAGUCGGGCAUUCUGCAUGCGGCAGAUGAGCGUGACUUUAAGACCGCCUUUUCCUAUUUCUAUGAGGCGUUUGAAGGUUUCGAUAGUGUUGACAGCACCAAGGCGCUUACCUCACUCAAAUACAUGUUGCUCUGCAAGAUUAUGCUUGGGCAGUCUGACGAUGUUAAUCAAAUAGUUAGCGGCAAACUGGCUAUUACCUACUCGGGUCGUGAUGUAGACGCCAUGAAAGCUGUGGCGGAGGCCUCACACAAACGCUCGCUGGCCGAUUUUCAGCAGGCGUUAAAGGACUACAACAAGGAGUUGGCCGAGGAUGUUAUUGUGCAGGCGCAUUUGGGCACGCUCUACGACACCAUGUUGGAGCAGAAUCUAUGUCGCAUUAUCGAGCCAUAUUCGCGUGUUCAGGUUUCGCAUGUGGCGGAAAGCAUUAAUCUGCCCAUGCCGCAGGUGGAAAAGAAACUCUCACAAAUGAUUUUGGAUAAGAAGUUUAGUGGCAUUUUGGAUCAAGGUGAAGGUGUGCUUAUUGUAUUCGAGGAGACGCCGGUGGACAAGACGUACGAGCGUGUGCUGGAGACCAUACAUAGUAUGGGCAAGGUGGUGGAUACACUCUAUCAGAAGGCCAAGAAACUGUCAUAAGCUCUCAAUUACGAAACAAACAAAAAUAUAUUCAACCACAACACGCAUAUUCGGUUAACUUAAUAAUCAGCAAAAUUAGCAGA